AUGACAAUGCCUAUUUGUGCACAGUUUGCGGAGCUUCGAGGCCACCUGGCAGCAGUGAAUGCCGAAAUGGAUGAACUGGAACGAUCACUUCACUCGGAACGGAAUUGGCCGCUCACAAACGCUUUUGGAUUUACCGUGUCGGAUUUACGCGCGAAACUUAACGCGUUACAAGAACAUGCCGCGACACACGAGACUAAAGUGAAGACCCAGUUAGCCCAGUUGGACGAGUGCGAAGACUGCAUGGACGGUGCAUUCAACAGCCUGAAGGAAAGCGAGGACUCGUUGAACAAACUGAGAGAAGCUGUACUGAAUGCAUCCAAAACCGAAUUGCCCCGGUUGCUACGUCUGAUAGAAAAUCUGCGCACUAAACACAACACCUCGGUGGAAAAUGCAGUCCAGCUGGGGGUNCAGAAACUGCUCCAAAGUACUUCAAAUGACACGGGGACACAACAACUUUCUGCGCCUAUGAAAACACGUCUCAAGCAACGGACUUUCUUGGAUGAUCUUGAAAACGGAUUUGAGACGUAUUUGGAUACGGAAGAAGAUCAAUACGCAUAUCCACAUGAGGAUCCGCUGGGCGAGAAUGGGGAUGUUUUACGGAAGCGGUAUGAAAAACUGCAAACCGAGGCCAGAGCUGUUCUGUCUGAAGCCAGUGCUCAAUUUCAGUGUCUGGAAGAGUUCCAGGCGGGACUGGUCGAAGCAAGUCAGUGGUUGGCACAAACGGAGAAAAACUACACACAGAUGCAAAGCGUGAAAAACAAGCAACCGGGGCUGACCAGCGUGGGUCAGUCCUAUCAACACGCACUGGAUGAGCUGUGCGAGGAACUGAAGAGCGGGGCAGAAUCCUAUAUAGGUCGAUCCAAGGCCGCUAUUGAACAGCUGAUCGAUACAACGCAACGUCAUAACACAACAGCUGUAGUUAUGGUCGCACGACGAGAGUUGUCUGAAUUUCAGGCCAGUUUGGCCAAGCUCCAACGUCAGCUGGAGACAGAACAAAAAGAGGUCGAAAUGAAACUGAACAAGCGAACUAAACUCAUAAGUGACCUUCAAGCGGAUGAACAACGGAUCAAAGAAAUGGAUUUGCAGCUGGACAGCCAACCCGGUGCUCUGACCGGUGGAGAGCAGUGUUCACUCAGAGAACUCAUCACGCGUUGGCAGACAGAAGCACACCGUGUAAAUCGGCUGAUCCACACGCUUGAAUCACGUGAUACUCAGUGGCAGGAUCAGAUGACCAGUUGUGGGAAAGAGGACGUGGAACUGCAUGAUCGGUGUGAGGUAUGGCGCAAGCAAGUCCGCUCCCUUUUAAGUCGGGCUCGUCAGAAUACCACGGCGAUCGCAAAUCGCCUGUCCGCAUUGCAAGAGUGCCAGUUAACUGUGGAAACACUUCGGGCUCAACUGAACGACUGUGAGCAUCAACGCAGUCUAGCCAUGAUCGGUCCCGAGAGCCCAGUGGAUGACGGAGGUGAAAGUGUGCGGGCAAUACAAGAACGUUUCACGACAUCGAAGGAUAAGAUAAAAAUAAUUUCGAACAAAGCCGAAGAUAUUUAUCAUCAACUGGAGGAGGUUACGAUGACCAUUCAUGAUUUGGAAACUACUCCGACUGAGCUGGCAGAACUCAAACAGGCCAUUGACAAACUGGUGAAGAACUUGGAUGUGGACAUAGGUCGACUAGACGAACAAAUGGUCGCCACACAGACGCUCGAUACUCUUGUGAGCCGGCUCAAUCAACAGAUGGUGGAUUCUGAAGCCCAGGCAAACGAUAUACUCAUGGGACUACCACCAGUAAUANCAGUAAUAGACGGACGGGAACUGAUCGAUGCAUUGACCUUCUUCCAGAAAACUACAAAAUCCUUGAAGGAUGUUAUUUCUUACCUCGAUUCCACAACUGUACAACUACAAGCCGAAAUCGAUACGCACUGGGAUCGUACAGUGAACCCGGAAGGAACUCACGAACCAAUGCCGUUGAGAUCACUUAAAUCCAAAUUACGAAACCGUGUAGAACAAUUGCAAUCCAAACUGUUUGAUCACGUGACCCGAAGGGAUAAAUUGAUUGCUGAUUUGAAUUCCGCAAUCGCAUGUGAACGUGAAGCCAAGACCUAUGUCGAAACAUUUGAACAUGAAGUAGAUACGUUACGACAGACCAGUCCAGCAGAGUCCAUUGAGGCCUCUAGUAAAAUGGCCAGAGAUUUAUUAAAUCGAUACAAAUCGGACAGUUCUGUGACUCGGGCAACGUUGAACAAAUCGAUACAAGUAGUCCUGCAGACGUUACGCAACGAACCCAUUCAAAAAGAUCCUCUCCAAUUCGGUCGACUGAUCGAAUCCAUUCGUAGUAUUCCGACUCGGUUUGACACGCAGCUGAGUGAUAUUCAACGAGGUCUGGAACAACUACUCACAGAAUAUCAAGAUCUAGCCAAAACAGAAGGAUAUCAUUUGAAUCAAGUGAUCGAUAUCCGCCGUGAACUGGAGCUGAUUCACACACUGGCAAAUGAUAUUCGUCUGAAACUAAAUGACAUAUCCGAUCCGAAUGAGUUUACCGAAUUUCAACAACAAAUCAAGCAACUUAAUGGGAAAUUGGACAUACAAAAGAAACGAUUGGAGAAAAUUCAACAAGAUUUAUCCACUCAAACUGUUCUGAGCGCGGAAUUGCAAACCAAUCUAGCCCAACUAGAGAAACUGUACCUGGAUGUGCGUUCCAAACUCACCGAGUGUGAUCAGGUUGGAGAUUCACGAUGGAAAGCGGUUCAUCAAUAUCGUCAAGCCGUGGAUCGUUGUGAACGUGCCCUGUCCGCUUGUGAACGUCAAAUCGAUUUGCUCUGUGCUCAGUCCGAGCUCAAAUCCGAACGGCAAAGUCCAAUGACACGUGUGGAUCAAUUAAUGGAACAGCUUCAAACGGCCAAAGCUCUACUGACACGACAACCUGUUUCGGAUAGACGUGGUCAAACCGGCACGAGCGAAUUGGACUUGGCAAUUGAGCAUUUGGUUCAAUCGGCAACCGAGUUGAAUUUGUCCACUCGGAGCACCAAUUGGACCCGGUUUUUGCUUGAAAUCGAUCGAUAUUUGGCUCGUUUAGCCACGGAACAAGAACGUUUGAAUCGAGCCAGUGAGGUGAAACAGGCAUGCCUUGCACGUUUAUCCCGGGUCGAAACUCGACUGACUCAGUUCGAACAGGAGAUCCAC